CAGGUUUCCUGGAGCCCCUUUAGCUCCUUACUGGACAUUUAUAAUCAGUUCCUGGUGGCAUUGGAAUCACUGAAAGACUUCUGGGAUGCCAUGGAUGAAAUAGAUGGGAAGACAUGGGUGCUUGAGCCAGAAAAUCCCACACGGAGUGCUACAACAAGAAGAAUCGCAAUAGCGGUUAACCCUUUGAGAACCAAGCUGAACAACAACAUGCACUUGUGGGAUCCAGAGAUCAGUUUAUUACAAAACUUGAAAGACCUCUUAGAAAUCGACUUCCCCUCUCGUGCUGUGUUAGAAAAAAGUGAUUUUGCCAAGGACUGUGGAAUCUGCUAUGCCUAUCGCCUCAACGGCACGACUCCAGAUCAAGUGUGUGAUGACCCCCGCUGCGGACAACCUUUCCACCAGGCUUGUCUGUAUGAGUGGCUACAAGGUCUUCCUUCGAGCAGACAGAGCUUUAAUGUCAUCUUUGGUGAAUGUCCAUAUUGUAAUAAGCCACUGACACUGAAAUCUUCAAUGAAGAAACUCUGA